AUGAGCUCUACCGCCACAGAAACCAUUGAACUGCAUGCGUUGGCGGUUACUACAGAUGCUGGCCCAGGGAAGGGACUUCACUCCAUCGCCGGUGAUUUGCCUGGGCUAACUGUAGGCACCGGCGAGAGGAGCGUUGGAAACACUGAUGACUCCGACCGUGUUGAUGGGACUCAUCCGGAACGAGGUAAUGGAAAGUCCUUACUUCGCAUCUCGCUAGCCAUCGGCCAGCCCUCGCUCGUCAAUUUCGCCGUUUCUUUCACCAACGGCAUCAUCACCGUUGCGCUGCCCGCCAUAUCUCGUUCUAUAAACCUUCCCCGCGAGCUCUUCCUAUGGCCAUCCUCGGUCUAUGGUCUCACCUCUGGUGCGGCCCUCCUCCUUGCCGGCAGUAUUGCGGAUCUCACUGGGGCCAAAAGUGUUGAGUUGGUAGGUGUUGGCAUCCUGGCCAUCUUCGCAUUAGCUAGUGGCCUUGCGCAAACCGGACAGCAACUAGUGGCCUUCAGGGCUUUGAUGGGGAUUGGCAUGGCUAUGCAUCUGCCAUCCUCAGUAUCUCUGGUAGCAGCUGCUGUCCCUCGCGGAAGGGCUCGUAAUGUGGGCUUUGCAUUCCUUGGCCUCACGCAGCCUCUCGGCUUCUCUCUCGGACUCAUCCUCGCAGGAGUGCUUCUGCAGAGCUCCGAUGAGGGCUGGAGGCACGCAUUCUUCACAUCGGGCAGCCUGACUGCGGUCGCUGCUAUGGGCGGCUACUGGGUCCUGCCUAGUGUGGAGGCUGCCGCAACCGGUGCCAACAUAUGGUCGAAGAUCAAAGCCGAAGUGGACUGGGUUGGAGUGGGCCUUUCAUCUGCUGGCUUGUCACUGUUUGCCUACGUGCUUGCUAUGCUGAGUGCGGAUCUGAGCGCGAUUCGCACCGGAACAACAGCAACACUUCUUGCUUUAAGCUUGAUGCUCCUCAUUUCAUUCCCCUUUUGGAUGUCAUACAGAACGCGUCACGGAAAGGUGGCCCUGAUCCCCAACUCCCUUUGGCGUAAUAUCCCUUUUACGAGCACGUGUCUUCUGGUGACACUAUCUUGGGGAGCCCUGAACUCGAUCGAGCUAUUCUCCUCGCUCUACUUUCAGGAAAUCCAACAUCACUCGUCACUGACUACUUCGCUGCUCCUCCUGCCAAUGAUCUUGGUCGGCACCCUUGCAAACUUCUCAACGGGUAUAUUCAUCGAUCGACUACCGGCACAAUGGUUGAUAGCAAUAUCAUCCAUGUUGACCGCCGGCACUCCUCUGAUAAUGGCCUUGGUUGACCCUAACCUGAACUACUGGCAUCUGCAAUUCUGGGCACAAGUUCUCGCACCACUGAGCGCAGACAUCCUAUUCACCGUCGGCCUGAUCGUCGUCAGCGAGUCGUUUCCGGAGCAGACGCAAGCCCUGGCCGGUGCUGUCUUCAACACCGUGGCCCAGCUCGGUCUAUCCCUGGGCGUGGGAGUCUGCCAGGUGGUUGCGCUGGGGGUGAGCGCCACGGGAGGCGGCGUGGGCCACGGCGCCAGCGGGGACCAAGACACGGGUGCCCAGAUAGACGUGGCCAGCCUGCUCAGGGGAUACCGCGCCAGUUUCUGGACCAUAUUUGGCUACAUGAUACUUUGUACGGUCGUUGCGAUCGUGGGGCUGCGCAACGUCGGCAAGGUUGGCGUCAAGCGGGACUAA